GUUCUCCACCACCUCUGCGUCAGCAACUGCUCCGAUUGGAUCACGGACAAAGAGCUGCUGCCGGUGAUUGGUCAGAACCAGCACCUGCUGCGUGUGGACAUGCGCGGCUGCGUUCACCUGAGCCGUCACGCGCUGGUGGCCGUGUCUCUGAGCUGCCCGCGGCUGCAGCACCUGAGCCUGGCACACUGCGAGUGGGUGGACAGUCUGGCUCUGCGCAGCCUGGCCGAUCACUGCUCGGACCUGCGCUCGCUGGACGUCACCGCCUGCAGACAGCUGAAGGACGAGGCUGUGUGCUACCUGGCGGGGAAGUGUCCGGUGCUGCGCUCGCUCUCCGUGGCUGUUAACGCCAACAUCACGGACACCGCGGUGGAGGAGGUGGCCAAAAAGUGCAGAGAGCUGGAGAAGCUGGACCUCACGGGGUGCCUGCGAGUGAGAAACGAAGCCAUCAG